CCUAAGGAGUUUUGGGCUAAGGUUGCUGGCCGUUGCAUACGGUUUAGUGCCGAAGAAUUUUACCUGAUUUCUGGUUUAGAUUGUUUCGGUGAUUGCAACAAGUUGUUGUUUUCACAGGAAACAAAUCAAUUGGUAGAAACAUGUUUCCGUGGUGUAAAAACUAUUGACAACAAAGCCAUCGAGGAUGCUUUUUUGGGUAGUCGGUGGGGUUUGGAUGAGUCUAUUGGUUUGAAAAUGGAUGUUUUGUAUUUCAUUCAGUGUUUUCUUCUUAGCAAUACUCCUGACAAAGAAGUGUCUAGGUUUGUUCUAGAUGUAGUUGAUAGCGGUCGGUGGGAUGAGUAUUGUUGGGGUAGGGAAUCAUUUGAAUUGACAAUUGACUCAUUCAAAGGUAGGAUUGAGCAUGGGAUCAUUAUGAAAAAUAGAAAGGCAGAGAAGGUAGGCCAAUAUGAUGGCUGGUAUAGGGCAUUGGGAUGUCCUUGGGUUUUCACUGUUUGGUUUUAUGAAUGCUGUCCUGCAAUGGUGAACUCUUUCUGUAAGAGAGUUUCAUCUUCUAUUCCCAGGAUUCUGAACUGGAGCAACACCAUCGUCACCAAAAAUCCAACCCUUCGAGACUUGAAGGGCAAGAUUUUUUAUUUACCUUUGGAGAAGUUGAAGAUAAAAAACAUGCGUCCUACUGAUGAAGAGAGGCAGCAGCUUCAACUUGACGGUCUAUUUAUCGAUGAAUCUAUUGAUGAACGUGGUGUAGCGAAGCAAUCCUUCGAGGGUGGGUCAUCUUCAAAAAAGUCUGAUUCAGCAGAUAUUGAUUGGAUGAAAUCUAAGCUGGAGAUGCUCAUUUCGAAUCAAUCAUCAUUGGCCGAGGACUUCAUUUCAUUGAGGUGUUUUGUUGAUUUUAAUUUCAAAUCCGUAAUGACUGUAAUUAAGGAUAUCCAAGAGAAAGUUAAUGCCAUUCAUCGUCGUCCUUCUGACGAGGGAAAGUCAUCGGAUGAAUUAGUAACUCAAGAUUCUGAUGAUGAUGCUGAUGAUGAUGAUGAUGAUGAUGAUGAUGAUGCCGAGGAUGAUGAGAAGCAAUUGCCUGAUCCAGAAAAUAUUGAUUCCGACUCCGACGAUGGUGGUGAGUUGGUUAAAGUUGGUGGGGAUGCUGAUGAUGCUGACAAGGCUGUUACUGCUGUUCCUUCUGCUGAUGUGAAUCCUUCUGAGGAUGUUGGAGGGAGUGAUAAAAAUGUUAAGGAUGUUGAGAAGCCGAAGGGCGAUGAGUCUCGAUUGAAGGGGGACGAUUUCUUUGAUGGGUUGAGCCAGCUUGUAAUAGAUGAUGAUCAAGUUGUGUUGGCUGGCUUGGAGGCUGUUGCUAAAAUCAAUGUCCCCGCACCCAAUCCAGAUGUUGUUGGUGAAAAGUCAGAUGCCCUUCAUACUGAUGAAGAAACUGAGGAUACUGUCUCUGAUACACCUCUGUUGGAUAAGAGGAAGCGUGCUCCGGCCUUGAAAUCUCCAUUUGUUGAUUUCGGGUCUGCUGAUGUCGAGAGCACUCCAAUGGAGCUUAUGUCCUCAGGUUCUCAAUCAGCUGGGGAUGAUAGGGAUUUCAAAAUGGUGACUUAUGUGAAGGGCCUUUAUGCUCUUAAUGAUGCUUUUGCUGAUCCCGUAUCUACCGAGAUUGAGGCAAAAUUUGACUCUUGGAUUGGUGAAGGAUUGCUUAAACAUCCUAGGCAUUAUAAUUGUUAUGAAGACGGCGCAAAGAAAUUUACCCCGGGUUUUAGGCUAGGUGUUGAUUAUGUUGAGGAUAAAACUUGGUUUUACCAUUUGGCCACAUGCGACAUGUUUAUGAACGACUCGCAUAUGAACACCAUAUUCUAUUACCUUCAGAAAAAAGGUAAGUAUUCUUCCGCUGUGACGUUGAAUUUCGCAACUACUGAUUGUCUUUUUGAUGAUUCCAUCCAAGCAUUGUACCACAAAUUUAACAAGGCCAAGUCAAUGAAGACUAAGAUGUCACACAUUCACGCUGCCCACCCAAUUGCGCAUUACAUCCGAGGUAUGCGCAUUCCCUGUUCCAAGCCUUGGUAUGAAGCCGAUCACGUGCUUUUCAUCAUCAAUUUAAGAAGGGAAAGUCAUUGGGUUUUUGGGCGUCUUGACGUGAACGAAGGGACGUUGUUUCUGUACAAUUCUUUGAGAACCGCGAAGAUGAAUGCCGCAGCUAGGAAUGCGAUGAAGGCUUAUUCUGUGUUGCUGCCUUUAUUUUUCGAUUUACUUGGGUUCUGGAAGAAUAGAGCACAAGCUCCUGCCUCAGUUUCUGACCCUACAGCUCCAUUCAGAAUCGUGGAGCUUAGUGGUUAUGCGUCUCAGCAGAAGAAUGAUUGUGGAGCAUAUGUUGCUGCCUUUGCUGAAUUCUUUAUACACGGAAAGGAUGUCUCUGCAGACUUUGACAUCGAAGUUUAUCGAACCCGACUUGCUUCACUUUUCUACUCGUACGGACAAAGGAAAAUUGACGAAAGUAUUGACAGCGAGGAUGAGAAGCAAACCAAGUCUUCUAAGGCAUCUAAAUUGAAGAAAUAG